UCUUGGGUGUUGGCUAGGGACGCCGGGAAGGACCAGUGGACACAGGCCAGGAGCAGCGGUUGGGUUUGGUCGCGGUUGCUGACACCAUGUCCCGUGUGUCGGUGCCCUGCCAUGUGAAAGGCACCGUGGCCCUGCAGGUGGGCGACGUGCGAACCUCCCAGGGCCGGCCUGGUGUGCUGGUCAUCGAUGUCACCUUCCCCAGCGUCCCGCCCUUCGAGUUACAGGAGAUCGUGUUUAAGAAUUACUACACAGCCUUUCUGAGCAUCCGUGUUCGCCAGCACACCUCAACGCACACACCGGCCAAGUGGGUGACCUGCCUACGAGACUACUGCCUCAUGCCCGACCCACACAGUGAGGAGGGAGCCCAGGAAUAUGUAUCACUGUUCAAACACCAGAUGCUGUGUGACAUGGCCAGAGUACUGGAGCUGCGCCUGAUUCUACGACAGCCAUCACCACUGUGGCUGUCUUUCACAGUGGAAGAACUGCAGAUUUACCAGCAGGGACCAAAGAGCCCCUCCAUGACCUUCCCCAAGUGGCUCUCCCUCCCAGUGCCUUGUGAGCAGCCUGCUCCCCUCAUUGAGGGUCUCCCAGACCCCAGCAGGGUAUCCUCCGAGGUGCAGCAGAUGUGGGCGCUGACAGAGAUGAUCCGGGCCAGUCACACCUCCACAAGGAUCGGCCGCUUUGAUGUGGAUGGCUGUUAUGACCUGAACUUGCUUUCCUACACUUGAACCGUGGCUCUUAGCCAAGAUGUUGGCCUCCUGGGCCCACCCAGACCUGGUUUAGGACACCAGAGGCUGAAGUGCUUUCCCUGUGCAUUCCGAGUGUUGCCUGCAUGCCCACUGUGUCUGGGCCACAUUCACAGAUUCAAGAUUCUUGGGGGCUAAACUGUGUUGCUUCAGCAUGAGCUGUCAGCAGGGAUGUACUCUGUCUUCAAUGGACUGCCACCUGAAACUCCUUUUCCUACCCUAAAAAUACUCCAGUUCUGUUUACUAAGAAUUCCCUCUGCCAACAUGCACACUCCAGUCUUCUGCCUGCUCCUUCACCCUGAAUGCAAGGGGAAGGGGUGACCUACUAGAACCUGCUAUCAUUUUGGAAGGCUGCUGUAGCCAUGGCAGUCAUGUAGUUUGGAAGCUCAAGGGAAAAACAGGAGCCCGCAUCUUCCUUCUGCGCCCCCUCGUGGUCUUCUUUCCUUUUGUGUUAUGCCCAGAAGAAAUUUCCUGUCUUAGCUCCUGCUGCCUGCCUAGGGAGUGAAGCUGGGGAUUUGGGCAGCCUGAAUCCCUUGGUCCCAGAGCUGGCUCCUGGAUGUGUGUUCAGAUGGGUCUGCCCAUCCAGCCUGGGCAGUGCCUCUGGCAAGACUGGUGUCAAAGAAUGAGUUUUGGGGCCUUUUUGCUCAAAGCAUACCCUGUCCCUUUUCCCAGCUUCCCCCUUCCAAGAAUCAUGCUCAGGUGAUGAAAGAUCAACCUUGGUAGGGUCUGGAUCCAGGUGGGCAUUUGCACUGGUGUCUUUUUUUAAAAACGUUUGUGUAAUGUUUUAUUUAUUUCUGAGAGAGACAGAGACAGCGGGAGCAGGAGA